AAGGAGGUUGUUCGAAUGGCUUGCUACUUCUGCACUACUUUGAUCUGUGAGCGCGGUAUGAAGGCUCAACUAUUGGCGGACCAGAGCGUUGCACUCUUAUCCACAGAUUACACUCCUCAAUCAGUGGAGUUAAUAGGGCCAGAUUACAAGCCAACCAAUUGCCUAUGCAGAAUCAAGGAUACCGCAUGUCUUGUCUGUGGCAAUGUGAUCGGAUAUCAUAUCACCCAACCCUGUGAGAAGUGUCUCAGCUCAGACAACAAUGGGCACCUCUGGCUCUUUCAUCCUGAAUAUGUUAACAGUUCGCCACGGCGGGACCACAUACUAGCCAGGCCAUUGCGUUGGAACGAACUU